CGGGUGUUUCCUGGUUGCUGCCAUAUUUUCCGCUGCUUCACAUUCCAGUAUCGCUAGUAGCGGCGUGUAGUGAUUCUGUGAUUAUCCUUGUUUUAUACAGUGACAGUAUAGUGGUUUUAUUCGAUAGUGUUUUAUUGUAGUAGUUUAAAACGAUAACAUAACUGCAAACAGUCUGUUCAGGGACACUAACAUCAGACGGUCAGAACUAGAGAGAAAGAAAGAGAAAGAGAGAGAUGACGACGCGUUCAGAGAGGGAAAAAGCCCAGAAACUGAAUGAACAACACCAGGCCAUUCUGUCCAAAAUGCUACGUGAAGAAGACAACAAGUACUGCGCCGACUGUGAGGCGAAAGGUCCAAGAUGGGCUUCAUGGAACCUAGGGGUUUUUAUUUGUAUUCGAUGUGCUGGAAUUCAUCGAAACCUUGGUGUCCAUAUAUCUCGAGUGAAAUCGGUUAAUCUGGACCAGUGGACACCUGAACAAAUACAGAGCAUGCAAGACAUGGGAAACACCAAGGCAAGAAAGCUUUAUGAAGCCAACCUUCCAGAAAACUUCAGAAGACCCCAGACAGACCAAGCUGUGGAGUUUUUCAUCAGAGAUAAAUAUGAGAAGAAGAAGUAUUAUGACAAGAAUGCCAUAAAUGGAUUAACUACAUCAUCUGAUGUUGUACUGCCUUCGACAUCCUCUCCUUCUUUGCAAGCAGCAGCUGAGAAAAGCAAAAUAGAGAAAGAAAAAGAAAAGAAGAAAGAAGAAAAGAAGAAGGAAAAGGAACCAGAGAAAAUAAAGAACAUUGCUGCAUUUGACAAAGUAAAAUCUCCUCAGAAGAAAGAAGAACACUCAACAGAUCAUCAUGCGAGUCCUCUCAAAACAGUAGAACCAUCUAUUGAUUUAUUAGGUUUGGAUGCUCCAGCUGGUGCUGCAAUAACAAAUGGAAAUAGUAGCACUGCUAAUUCAGCUUUGAAUGAUGACUUAGAUAUCUUUGGCCCUAUGGUUUCAAAUCCACUUCCAUCUUCUACUACACCCUUUACACAGGUUACUACCAGUAAGCCUGCAGCAAGCACUUCAGCCACAUCAGGGGAUCUUGAUCUCUUUACAGAACCAUCCUCGAAAUCAGAGGAAUCAACAAAGAAACCACUCUCCAAGGAUUCUAUCUUGUCGCUGUAUAGCAGUGGGACCAUACAACAGACACCUGCUACUGCUGGUAUGUUUAUGGGACCACCUCAGAUUCCGUUUGCUUCCCAACCCUCUGCAAAUUUUCAAGCCUUUCCAAGCAUGGGAACUCAGAUGCCUCCUGCUGCCAUGAUGGGACCCGUAAUGGGACAGUCAAUGCCAAUGAUGGCUCAGAAUACAGGAAUGAUGGUGAACAUGGCAAUGCCAAAUGGAUAUAUGGGGAAUGCACAAGCUGGAGUAAUAGGACUUGCUCAAAAUGUAAUGGGGCCUCAAGCUGCAAUGCCAGGCAGUGCGGUUAACCCUCAGAACAUGUACACCAUGCAAGCGAACCAGCAAGGACAAUGGAACAUGGGCCAGAUGAAUCAUCAGAUGACUGCCAUGAAUUUGAAUGGACCAGCUGGCAUGAUGGGUUUUAAUCAAAGCACAAACACAAUGGGAGCCUGGACAGGAUCGAACACAGGCCAGACUCUCAGUACUCAGUUGUGGAAGUAAGCAGGGACGACGAUUCAGAGUAUCCGUCUGGCAUUUCUGCUCUGCUACAAACAGACUCUUUUUAUCUGUGUACUGACCACCGGCCCCCAAACCCCCCCACCCCCCAAUACCCCAGAUGGUAAUAAUGUGCAUUGAUUGAGUGGUGGGACAAAGUGGCAGCUCAUCCUUGUGCUGUCAUCAGAAUCCUUUUUCUUCCUUUUUUUUUUUUUUUUUUUUUUUUUAAAAAAAAAAAACCUCAUAUCAAUAAAAAGCUGCUGGACCAGUUAUAAAGUGUCCUAAUAUAUCAUUUAAAUCUUAUAGUGAGUAAUAGUAUUUAAUGGAAAAAAGAUGGGUAUCAUGUUGUGAACCCUUGACCCUAUGCCAUUUUUAACCCUUUUCCCAAAAAUCUGUAUACUCCCAAAACUGUAGAAGAUAUUGUACAGUAUGAACAAAUAUGUCAACAAAAUAGAAAUAUAAACGAGCAAAGGUCAUAUAUGUUACAAACUUCAAACUUUAGGUUGGAUAAAAACGUUUGCCAUUUCACUGUAAUGUUUAUUGUGUGCGUUAACAGAAAAGCACAGGUUAGUAAACCGAAAAUAAACCUGGAUGAUACGGUCUUCAAAAUUGUUCAAAUACUGAGAUGCUAGUUUUCAGUGUUCAGGUCUGUUCAGGUUAUUAAACAUAGAAUUUAGCAAAACAAAAUACUUUUUAUUGUUGCUGCAGAGUUUCUUUAAUUGUGAGCAGGGUAUCUCUGCAAAGCAUUACCAGUUGUAAAAGGUAUUUCAGACGCUCCUCCAGGUUUAUUGCUGUUUUGUGUUUACAUUUGAUGGUGCCUAGUACAGAUGUUUUUUUUUUUUUUCCCGUGCAUUAAACUGAAAAUAGCCAUGAA